CCACUUCCUGAUCUGCCAGCUCACCUUUUAGCUGAUUCUGCCAUUCAGAUGGCUCUUAAGGUCUGCGAGAAUCACAUUCAAGUGGACACCCCUUUCAAUGUUGAUAAGCUCGAAAAUAUGCUUUUUGACCAUCCUAAUCAGCCUUUCGUGCGAUCAGUCAUACAUGGCCUUCAUCAUGGGUUCUGGCCACCUGACAAUGGUGAAUGGGAGAUGGAGCUGGAAGAAGUAAUCAACAAUCAUCCUGCUGAUUCUCCUGAUAUUGAUGCUAUUUGGGCCUUUCAUGAUAAGGAAAUAUCAGCAGGACAGUGGUCAUUGAAGCUCCCUAACCUACUACCAGGCAUGAAGAUCUCUCCCAUGUUCAUUGUAUGGUGGGAUGAGAAGCCUCACAUCAUAACAAACCAUUCUGCUCCAGGGCUCAAUGACAGUAUUCUGGAUGCAGAGGCCAAAGUCCACUAUGAUAACAUGCGGGAUUUCAGGCAAGAAAUGCGC